AAGACGUCGUCCUUGAAACCUCGGAGAUUCGAUAGAUAGAGAAAGAGUUGGUAUCAGCGCAUGGUGUCGAAGCAGUUGAUCGUCGCCGUCGAAGGCACGGCCGCCAUUGGACCGUACUGGAAAACUAUCGUCGCAGAUUAUCUCGACAAGAUCGUAAGAUGCUUUUAUGGAAAUGAAUCAACUGGUCAGAACUCUCCUACAACAAAUGUUGAGCUUUCUCUGGUCAUGUUCAAUGGGCAUGGCUCCUACAGUGCAUGCCUUGUGCGACGAAGUGGUUGGACUAGGGACAUGGAUGUAUUCUUACAGUGGCUUUCAGCUAUACCAUUUUCUGGCGGUGGCUUCAAUGAUGCUGCAAUUGCCGAAGGGCUAGCGGAAGCUUUGAUGAUGUUCACUUCUCCUAGUGGAAAUCAAAAUCAAAAUUCCGAGGCACAAAGGCAUUGCAUUCUUAUUGCAGGGAGCAACCCUUUCCCAUUGCCAACACCUGUAUUUCGACCACAACCCCAAAAUAUGGUAGAUGGAAACAGCACUGAGAUGCAACCUGAAAAUCAUCUUUGUGAUGCAGAGACAUUAGCAAAGUCUUUUCCUCAGAGUGCUAUUUCUCUUUCUGUUAUUUGUCCAAGACAGCUUCCUAAGCUAAGAGGAAUCUAUAAUGCGGGAAAUAGCAAUCCAAGAGCUGAAGAUCAUCCUGUAGACACUGUUAAGAAUCCUCACUUCCUUAUCCUAAUAUCAGAAAAUUUUCUGGAAGCCCGUUCUUGUGUAAGUAGAUCGCCGGUGACAAAUUUGCCAUCAAACCAAAAUCCAGUCAAGGCAGAUGUGACUCCUCCUUCAGUUUCUGUGCCGCCUCAAGUUCCACCAGCAAAUGGAUCUGGAAUGGUACGGUCACCAAUAUCAGUUGGAAACAUACCUCCUGCAACUGUAAAAGUAGAACCUAUCUCCUCUGCGACUUCAAAUAUCUCUUCUGUUCCUCAAGCAGCAGUUGCAAGCUCGAAAACUUCUUCCCCUGUGUCCACAUCACAGGACAUGAUCACGACUCUGAGUAAAGAAAAUCUACCGGAUGUGAAGCCUCUGGCCAAUAAUGUAACACCCUCCUUGCGACCAGUUAGCCCAGCAGCUAAUGUGAGAAUUUUGAACGACGUUGCUCAAGCUCGUCAAGUCCUAGCUGGAGGAACUUCCAUUGGAGUUCCUUCCAUGGGGACACCUGUACUUUCAAAUAUGAUAUCCAGUGGAAUGCAAUCUUCUGUUCCCCCUACUCAAACUGUAACCUCGUCAGGGCAAUCAGGUCCCAUGGGAAUAUCAGGACCUUUGUCAGUAUCACAAAACUCAACUCCUACAUCACAAACUUUAAGUGGUAUCCAGACUGUUAGCCUGCCUCAAACACCACCAGGCAUGAGCCAGCUUCCAGCCACACAAAUGUUGCAGGGAACAAGUCCGAACAUGAGGAGUGUCAGUGCUCCUGCCAGUAUGCCCUCUGGAAGUGGCUCAAUGACGUCUACUCCGCGAGUAUCUCAGCAAGGACAACAAGGGGUGCAACCUGCUGUUCUAAGCAACAGUAAUUCUGCUACAAAUAUUCCCUUGAAUCAGCAACAAACAAGUUCAGCAAGGCAAACUCCGCAAUCAAAAUAUAUCAAAGUGUGGGAGGGCAACUUAUCUGGACAGAGACAGGGCAAGCCUGUUUUCAUUACCAAAAUGGAGGGAUACAAGAGUUCAUCAUCGCAGGGCGCGAUUGCGACACAUUGGCCCUCAACAAUGCAGAUAGUUCGCCUGGUAUCUCAGGAUGUCAUGAAUAACAAGCAAUAUAUUGGCAAAGCUGAUUUCCUAGUCUUUCGAGCAAUGAAUCAGCACGGUUUUCUUGCACAGCUUCAAGACAGGAAGCUUUGUGCUGUAGUACACUUGCCGAACCAGACAUUGCUCCUCUCGGUUUCGGAUAAGGCUCACCGUUUGAUUGGAAUGCUCUUCCCUGGGAACAUGGUUGUUUUUAAGUCUCCCCCUCAACUACAAGGUCAGAUGCAAAUCCAGCAACAGCAACAAUCACUACAGCAAAUGCAGCAACAACGCCCCAUUGCGCAGCAGAUGAAUCAAGGUGGUUCCGGGCGAUCUCAGCUGCUGCAGCCGCCAGGACAAACGUCGUCUCAGGGAUCAACAAGCAUGCCUGGUGGCUCCUUUAUAGAUAGAAUCAUCAUCAUCAACCAUUUAAUCAGUCAGUCUGUCCUUCCUCUGUUGGCUCGAAUCCCACCGACUCAGCAAUGUAACUGCCCCUUCAAUUUUCUGCAAAAUAUUAUGAUUGCAUUACGUACAGAAGCAGAACCAUCAGCUGCUGCUGGUGGUGGGAUCGAUCUUCAGCUAUAUUUAAUGGCAUCUGCGACACAGCGCCAUUUCUCCACUUUCCUACUUCCCCACUAAAAC